AUGCCUAUUUUAAAUCGUGAUAAUAUUGUUAUCGGCAUUGCACAAAUAAUUAAUAAAAAAACUGGUACACAUGAAUUUACCGAUAAAGAUAUAAAUGUCUUUCGUAAUUAUUUAACAUUUUGUGGACUUGGAUUGUCAAAUGCUCAAUUAUUUGAAUUAUCAAUUCAAGAAUUUAAAAAGAAUCAACUUCUUCUCAAUUUGGCUCGAAAUUUAUUUCGUGAACAAGAUGAUCUUGAACGUUUAGUAAAUAAAAUUACUACUGAAUCUCAAGGUCUUAUGCAAUGUGCUCGAUGUUGUGUUUAUAUAGUAGAUCGAUCGAUUUCAUUAUCAAAUAAACCUGAAGAUAUUCGUUUUUCAAAAGGAUUCGAUAUGAUUUAUGGUGAAGAAUUUAAAGUAACAACAAAUGAUUUCCUUGAAAAUUCUCGUUAUGCAAAAAUUGCUUAUCAUGUUGCAACAACAAUGAAAAUUGUAAAUAUGAAUGAAAUAUCCAAUGAUCAAGCAUUAUCACAUUUAUUAAUAUCAAAUGAUGAUGAUAAAUUUGAAUUGAAAAAUCUUUUAUGUGUACCAAUUAUGGAUGAUGAUGGUCAUGUUAUUGGUGUUUCACAAGUUAUGAAUAAAUUACACGGACGAGCUUUUACUGAAGAUGAUGUUGCUAUUAUUGAAGCUUUUUCGGUAUUCUGUGGCUUGGGCAUACAUAAUACACGACAAUAUGAAAAUGUUGUACGUUUAACAGCUAAACAGAACGUUGCGUUUGAAGUAUUAUCAUAUCAUGCUGUGGCAUCAGAAGAAGAUGUUCAACGUAUGGGACAUAUUUCAAUUCCUGAAGCUAAUCAACUUCGUUUAUAUUCAUGGGAAUUUAAUGAUAUGAUUUUAACCGAUGAUGAAACAAUUUUAGCAAGCAUACGAAUGUUUAUUGAAUUAGAUUUAUUAAAAAUAUAUCAUGUUCCACAUGAUGUCAUGUUUCGAUGGAUGUUAAGUGUAAAGAAAAAUUAUCGAUCCGUGAUAUAUCAUAAUUGGAGACAUGCGUUUAAUGUUGCUCAAACAAUGUUUUCCAUGUUAACAAGCGGUGGUAUGAAUGCUUGUAUGAGUGACUUAGAACGUAUUGGAUUAUUAAUCGCAUGUUUAAGUCAUGAUCUUGAUCAUCGUGGAACAAAUAAUGCAUUUCAAGCUAAAGUUGAUGCACCGCUUGCAAAAUUAUAUUCAACAUCAACACUUGAACAUCAUCAUUUCGAUCAAUGUAUUAUGAUAUUACAAACGAAAGGAAAUAAUAUUUUACAAACAUUAUCACCAGAUGAUUAUAAACUUGUUGUUCAUUAUAUUGAAUCAGCUAUAUUAGCAACAGAUUUAGCUGUUUAUUUUCGAAAACGAGGUGAUUUUCAAAAAUUAGUUGAAAGUCGUCAAGAAAAUUGGAUUGAUCCAGGAAGAAAAGAUUUACUUCGAGGAAUGAUGAUGACAGCAUGUGAUGUUGCAGCUAUUUGUAAACCCUGGGAGAUGCAACAAGUUAUUGCUAAACUUGUUGCAAAUGAAUUUUUUCAACAAGGAGAUAUUGAAAAAAAUCAAUUACAUGUAGAACCAAUUCCUAUGAUGGAUCGAGACAAAAAAGAUGAAUUACCUAAAAUGCAAGUUGGUUUCAUUGAUUCAAUAUGUCUACCAGUUUAUAAAUUGUUAGCCGAUGUUGAAUCUGGUUUAGGUCCACUUUAUGAAGGAUGUAAACGAAAUCGAGAAAAUUGGGAAAAAAUACAACAAGAACAUGACAAACUAAGUAAGUCAUUGUGA